UGGGGCGAGAGGAAGGAAGAGGAUCUUCGAUCCCGCCCGGAGGCUCGGCACCCCUUGGCCGCCUUCCUCCCGCGCCCGCCUGCGCUCUCGCCGCCGCGGCUUCUGGAGGGUCUCGCGCCACCUGCCGGCGCCCAGGGAUGAACCGGGCCCUCACUCUGGAAGGCAAGGAUCUGGGCGGCCGCGAUUGAGGGCUCGGGUGCAGCUGGGAGGGAAUCCGCGGCAGGCGAGAAAGCCAGCGCCAGGCCAAGACGUGGGGUGCGCGGAGAGGUCCGGGAUCACGGCGACGGCAUCCGGAGUCGCGGGCGGGGCGCUGCCGGGGAGUCCGGGAACCCUGGAGGGGCCGGGGAGUGGGCGGAGGUGCCGCAGGAGGCGCCCGGGGCUUGGCCGGGCUGGUCUGGUCGGGCGCGCGGUGGAGGGGAGGGACGGGGCUGCGCUGGGCUGGGCCGCCGGGUCCGCUUCCCUCGCCCUGGACCCUCGCCGGGCGGCGAGUAGUGGGGAAGGGAGCAAGACCUGCGGGCCUUUAGAUCCUGGGACCGCCCUUUCCCGCUCCAGGUCGGGCGGCGAGCAGCAAGGAAGGCUGGACCCUCAGUGGCAGCAUGAGAGCGGGCGGCGCCGCUCCGGGCUUGCGGCCGCGCGCCGGGCGGCCGCGGCUCUGCCGGCGCUCGCCAUGGGCGCGCGGUGGGGCCGGCGGCGCACUCGGCGUGGAGGCCUGAGGCUGUCCGAGGCCCAGUUGGCGCUGAUGGCCGCCAGCCUGGUGUGCAGCGCCGUGGUCGUCUAUGUUUGCUGGAAGCAGCUGCCGCCGCUGCCCUGGGCCUCCUCCGUCCCGCCGCGGCGUGUGAGCGUGCUGCUGUGGUGGGAGCCCUUCGGGGGCCGGCACAGAGCCAAAAGGCCGCCCCCUGAUUGCCGGCUGCGCUUCAACAUCAGCGGCUGCCGCCUGCUCACUGAUCGCGCGGCCUACGGGGAGGCCCAGGCGGUGCUUUUCCACCACCGAGACUUGGUGAAGGGACCCCCGGACUGGCCCCCGCCCUGGGGCGUCCACGUGCGCCCGGCGGAGGAGCAGCAGGUGCUGAUCGACGACGAGGAGGAAGCCGCGGAGGCCUUAGUCCUGGCUGCCUCGGGCCCCAGGCCCCCGGGCCAGCGCUGGGUGUGGAUGAACUUCGAGUCACCCACCCACUCCCCGGGGCUGCAGAGCCUGGCACGUAACCUCUUCAACUGGACGCUCUCCUACCGGGCCGACUCGGACAUCUUCGUGCCUUACGGCUACCUCUACCCCAGGACCCAUCCCAGCGAGCAGCCGGCGGGUCUGGUCCCGCCGCUGGCCCGGAAACAAGGGCUGGUGGCCUGGGUGGUGAGCAACUGGGACGAGCGCCAGGCGCGGGUCCGCUACUACCGCCAGCUGAGCCAGUACUUGACCGUGGACCUCUUCGGCAAGGGCGGGCCCGGGCAGCCGCUGCCUGACGUCGGGCUCCUGCACACAGUGGCCCGCUACAAGUUCUACCUGGCCUUCGAGAACUCGCAGCACCUGGAUUAUAUCACGGAGAAGCUGUGGCGCAACGCCUUCCUGGCUGGGGCGGUGCCGGUGGUGCUGGGCCCAGACCGUGCCAAUUACGAGCGCUUCGUGCCCCGCCGUGCCUUCAUCCACGUGGACGACUUCCCUGAUGCCUCCUCCCUGGCGGCCCACCUGCAAUUCCUCGAUCGAAACCCAGCUGCCUACCGCGGAUACUUUAGCUGGCGUCGGAGCUAUGCCGUGCACGUCACCUCCUUCUGGGAUGAGCCUUGGUGCCGGGCCUGCCAGGCUGUGCAGAUGGCUGGGGACCAGCCCAAGAGCGUCCCUAACUUGGCUGGCUGGUUUCAGCGGUGAAGCCACCCUCCCCUGGCUGUAACCCAGGGAGGCCAAGUCGUCGGCUUUUGGAUACUCCGGAUCCUCCGGAUCCUCCGCUGUGCAUCUCCUUAACUGCCGAAUCACGGGACUGUAUUUUCCAAACACCCGUUUUUAAUCUAUUCCCAUAGAUUAAAGUUGAUUUACCAAGUAAUAUUAUUCAGCACAAAGACUGGGUGGGAAGGGUCCUGGGUGCUCAUGGUUUUUGGACAACUAGCAGUUGGGCUUCCUUUGCUCUCCAAGGGCAUCUGAGCUCUGGGGUGAAGAUGGGGGCCCUUCCUCCCCUUGUAACCAGUGCAAAGGUGAAGAAACAGCUUACCUACAAGAAACAAUUGUCAGUGGCUCUGAAUUUCCUCAUCUGCCACAGGCCAUAUUUGUGGCCUGUGCUGAGUCCGAAUCUCACACAGUGCUCCUUCACUCAUGUGACUGGGCCAAAUGCACAAACCCCUGGUUUCAGAUAGAGCCUUGUUGCGAGAUAGUGAAAGGACUGUGGCCACAAGUGGGUCUUUCUCUUUGUGCCUGGAUUUCUCAAAGCGUCAUCUCCUAAGAAAGGUGAGGAGGGUGGUCCAAGAAUCCAUUGACUUCCUUAACAAGUGCUGUUGUUUGUUCCCUUGCUCUGUGAAUGGAAACAAGAUGCUGGAUUGUCCUUGGAGAAGAGUUAGGAUGAAUAUUUGGUGUACCUCACUUUACACAAAUGUAUUCUUGAAAAGCCGCUUUUAAAUCAAAUUCACUGUUUUAGAAGAGCGCAAUAUUUAAUGGAACCCUAUGGAGAAUCCCUUUAUAAUGUGAAUAAUCAUCUCCUAACUGAUUUUUUCUGUGUCUAUGUUUUUCUAUAACCUGGAUCUUUUAAAAAGCAUAUUAAAAUUACA